UAUAAGUUGAGUAAAGUCGCCAAGAGCUAUAGGCGGAUAGGCCUAUAGCAAAGGCCACACGGUACAUAGAUACAAGUCUAAAUUACAAAUAACCGACAUUCCAAUCCGAAUCGAUUCGAGUCCAAUGCAACCCAGAAAACUUCCACUCCUUAAACAUGCCUGCACCACAUCCACCAUUACUACCACCCCAUCACCACCAGAUUCCAUAUCCUCCUUGGCAUCCACCAUAGCCAACCUUGUUCUUACCACUGAAAAUUCAAAAGUCCUUUCAAAAACCCUUUUAUCCCCCACAAAUUUUAAUUUCUCAGAACCGCUAGUUAACCAAACCCUCAAACUCCUUUGGAAUCAUGGCCCUAAAGCUCUUCAAUUUUUCACUAUUCUUGACAAUCACCUCCAUUACGCCCAUUCUCUCUCAUCAUUUCAUCAUGCCAUUGACAUUUCUGCUCGUUUGAAAGAUUUCGCUACUCUUUGGACUCUUGUUUCCCGUCUCAGAACUCGUAGAUUGGGUCCUACACCAUUAACUUUCUCCAUUAUCACAGAAAGGUAUGUUCUUUCUGGUAAACCUGAUAAAGCUGUUGAUAUUUUUUUGUCUAUGCAUAAACAUGGUUGCUUACAAGAUUUGAAUUCUUUUAAUACUUUACUUGAUAUACUUUGUAAAUCCAAAAGGGUUGAAAAAGCUCAUGAUUUGUUUAAGCUUUUGAAGGGAAAAUUCGGGGUUGAUGUUGUUAGCUAUAAUAUUAUUGCAAAUGGGUGGUGUUUAGUUAAAAGGGUUCCUAAAGCUUUGGAGGUUUUGAAGGAGAUGGUGGAGAGGGGUUUCAAGCCUACCUUGACUACUUAUAACAUAAUUUUAAAAGGGUAUUUUAGAAUGGGGCAAACGAAGGCGGCUUGGGAGUUCUUUAAGGAGAUGAAGAAAAGGAAGUGUGAGAUUGAUGUAGUUACCUAUACUACUUUAAUACAUGGAUUUGGGGUUUUAGGAGGGGUUGAUAAAGCUAGGAGGUUGUUUGAUGAGAUGAUGUGUGAAGGGGUGCUUCCAAAUGUGGCUACCUAUAAUGCUAUGAUCCAAGUUUUGUGUAAGAAGGAUAGUGUUGAAAAUGCACUUUUUUUGUUUGAGGAGAUGGGCAAGAAGGGAUAUAUUCCAAAUUCAAUGACAUAUAAUUUAUUGAUUAGAGGGUUCUGUCAUGUAGGAGAGAUGGAUAGGGCUAUGGAGUUUGUGGGUUUGAUGAAGAAUAAUGGAUGCCUUCCAAAUGUUCAGACUUGCAAUUUGUCAAUCAAAUAUUAUUGUGAUGUGGGAGAGAUUGAGAAGGGUUUGGAAGUCUUUGAUUUAAUGGGGUCUUGGGAUUGCUUGCCAAAUAAGGAUACUUACAAUAUCUUGAUUAAUUCCAUGUUUGUGAGGAAGAAAUCUGAGGAUUUGGUCGUUGCUGGUAGGUUGUUGAUUGAGAUGGUGAAACGAAGAUUUCUUCCUACGAAGUUUACCUUUAAUCGUGUUUUGAAUGGGCUUUUGGUGACUGGAAACCAAGGUUUUGCCCGAGAGAUUCUGCAAUUGCAAAGUCAAUGUGGAUUCCUUCCUCGACACUUCAGAUUAUGAAAAUCUAGCUUCUUGACAUCUAUGUUAUUGUGGAGGAUUUACAAUCGAGGUUGGAGCUGUUGGGAUUUAAGAUUUCAAUAGGUUGGAUUAUGACUUUAUUUGCAGGUUUUUGAUUAUUGAUCCAAAGAUAUUGUUAACUUGAGGACUGAACUGCAAAACUAGAGCGCUUGCUUAACUGAUCACAGUUAUCAGUUCACUAUAAUUUGAGAGGUUGUGAUGCAUUAGAUUCACUCUAGAAAAUGGUUGAACUACUCCUUGCGUAAUACUAUACUAUCUAUUCUGUCAUGCUCUUUGAUCUUUCAAUGUCAGAUAUUAUGCAGCAGAUCCUGCUUCAGUGGAUUUGUAGAUUGAGAUUUCCUGAUCAGAGAGUACAAUGGUCACAUAGCAGAUUUGCUUAUGUGAAUUUCGUACCAGUUGAUGUUUACUAAGAGUCAAACAAAACAUCUUUGAACAAAAAUGGCGUACGGGAAGGGAACAGUCUCAAUACUUUCAACUCUCAACAGUAGACAAGGCAUAAAACCAUUCAGCGUGCACCUAGCUCUGACCUGACGCCUCAAAAUUCAUCAGAUAAUAAAGUAUUUCAUUGCAUCAGACUAUCAGAGCAUAUAUGUGUCUAAAGGUGUGCUAAACUCAUCACUGCAUCACCAUGUACUCAGUCUAUUAUACCAAUUCCUGAUUGUUUUUGUUAUUCCUAGAAGUGUUUACUUAGUCUGUUAUACAAUAGUUUGGUAGAGACAUUUCAGCAAGCAGUUGAAUGGGCAUAAUUAAAACACAAAAGUUUAGAAACUUAUCAAAGCUGUAUAAACAUAAGACAUUCAAUGAAGCUGUCCACCGGCUCCUUGAAUGAUCAUCUGAUGCUAUGCGUAUUCUUAUUAUUACUCAUGAGAUGAACCGUCUAUUCUGGCCAAGCUCGCACGCUUUUCUUGCUGGGUUAGUCAACUUUGGCAUGUCUUAGGCUGUAGUUCCUUUUUGUAAGCCCGUUAAAAAAAUAGCUAAUAUGGGCCAUGUUGUUUUCACGUUUCAGAACUGCCUUAGUCUAUUGCUUUGCUACUUUCAUUGCAAUUUCUUUUUUUUUUCUUUAAAAGAAAUCUGUAACCCUUUUCUAAAGAGAUGAAAAAUUCAGCUUAAUUAUGUUAUAUGUAAGUAUAUUAGUAUAAUUUUCUGCAUGUACUUUUACACAUUAAACACACUAUUACAUGUCAUACACAUAUAAUUAUGCACAGUGGCGGACUUAGGAUUUGAAA